AUUGGAAAUGUCCUAAAAGUGCCUCAUAGUCUUCAAUUCUUCCAAUCAUACUUUUAAUUCUGAAGGAAUUCGACAUUUACAAUACAAUUUUGAAGAUGUGGGUAUGAAGAUCAAAGCAUUUUGUAGAUGAAAUUGAACGGGAACAGUAGAUUCAUUCAAAUUGGUGAGGCCUUAUAAAAUUUUACAAGCAAUUUCCGAGUUUUGCAGCUAUAUAUAUAUAUAUAUAUUGUUCCUUCAUACCCAAAACACAAAUACAAUUGAAAAAAAUGGAAGAAAAUUGAGGAUACACAUUGAAAUAACGAAUCAAAAUAUCAAAAGAAAAGCUCUACCUGAUCGAUCAAAAAACAAGAGGAAGGGGUUCAGGAUGAUUUUGGAGACUGGCUGCUGGGUAGACAAGAGAUUAGAGAGGAGGUUUGAGUAGUUGUCGGUCCAAGGUGGUGUUGCCGACAUACAAAAACGUACGUAUAAUGUCCGAAAUAUCCCCGAUCGUAUAAAUAAGGCUGGUUGGUGCUAAUCAUUUCUCCCCAAAAUUUGAUGAUGAUGGCUUCCCAGUUUCUGGCAGCGGCGGCGGAGAGGAUAGCUCCGGCGGCGAGGCGUCAAGCCGUCAUCUUAACAGACGCUGCGGCAUCUAGAGUACGACAGCUCCUAGAGCAGCGCCAGCGGUCGUAUCUCAAGCUCGGCGUCAAGUCCCGAGGCUGCAACGGCUUGUCGUACACUCUCAAUUACGCAGAUGGUAAAGGUAAGUUCGACGAGUUGAUCGAAGACAAGGGUGUGAAGAUAUUGAUCGAUCCAAAGGCUCUGAUGCAUGUUAUUGGGACCAAGAUGGAUUUUGUAGAUGAUAAGCUCAGGUCCGAGUUUGUCUUUAUCAAUCCCAACUCCAAAGGACAAUGUGGUUGUGGUGAAUCUUUCAUGACAACAAGCAGUAGUGGAGCUACUAAACAGAGUGCUGGUUAAGGAAAAAUGCAAUUUACUAACUAAUCAUUUUUGUUGGCACUGGCUUGUGUUUCAUUGCAGUCUGUGCUAAUAAGUUCCGAUGAUUCUGUAAAGGCUGAUUCCAGUUUUGAUUGGAAGAAGAUGAUGUAUAUCUAAUUAUCUAUAGUUUAUGUGCUUGUUGAAUUGUAUGAACUUAACUGUAAUAAGAAAUGUAAAAGCUGCUGACCUAUUGGAGCAGUGGCUAUCUUUGUCA